AUGAAUGAAAAUUCUAUGAAUAAUGAUGCUAUUUCAGUCGGACAUUUACAUGCUGAACAAUAUCCUCAUGCCGACAAUGAGCAACGUGAAAAUUUUACACAAAAUCGAUCUAAUUUAACAAGAUUUGCCAAUGUUACUAAUGAAAUAAAUAAGUCGUUAAUUGUUCUAACAUAUUUAGAAUAUUCGUAUUGGUCACAACAUCGAUCUUCAAUAGCUAAAAAUGCAUUUGCUAUAUUCACAAUUGUAAUAAUGGCUAUCGGUAUACUGAUAGUUUGUUUCACUUCACCAAAAGUUACUGGUAUGUUCUUUUUUAUUGAUAUAUAA